CUAUAAAUUGUGCGAGUUUCAAUGUGCUCUUGAUCAUUCAGUCAUGGUGACUCAUCUCUAUCUAGGUGUGAUAAUCUUGGCUGUUUUUGCAACAACUGUUGCUGCAGAUAUCCAAGUUGUCUGUGCAAAAGACGCAGUAAGAAUCACAUGGAAGAUCGGUGCGGAGCUGGUGCCACAUGCAGCUCGUCUUUUCCUUGGAAACUGCAUGCCUUCCCGUUUGAAUGUUCUGCCCACUGGAGAGGGGGAAGCACAGUUCAACUACCAGUUUGCUGACUGCAAAUUUAAAAGACGGAUGAAAGGAAAAUUCCUCAUCUAUCAAAAUGAACUGACUUACAGGCCACAGGCAAAGUCAAAACCUGCAGCCUUUGUGUAUCCCAUUGAGUGUGUUUAUAAAAGACCUGAAGGGUGGGUUCCUCCAUUCCUGAACCCUGGAUCAGGUGCUUCUGAAGGUCGGGGUGGGCUGGUGUUCCACAUGGCACUCCUCAAUGAGCAAUUAACAGGCGUAGCAAAGACUAAUGUCAUCCCUCUGGGCUCGUUCAUGCCUAUAUGGGCUGCAGUGGAGCAGAAGUCCCAUCAGCCAUUGCUGCUGCUGAUGGAGGAAUGUGUUGCAGCCACCACAGCAGAGCUGCAGCCUAGCAGCCAGGUUUACCCCAUUAUUAGCAAUAAGGGGUGUCUUUUGGAAAGCGUGAGGGGAAACUCCAUGUUCCUCCCUCGGUACCACUCAUCUGCAAUCAUACUUUACCUGCAGUCCUUCAAUUUUGGUCUUGGAGAACAGGUGUACAUCCACUGUAAACUGACCGCAUGGGAUCCUGAAGUUCUUGAUGAAGGCAAGAAAGCCUGCCAUUAUGCAAAGGAAAGUGGGAGAUGGGAACUACUAGAUGACCCAUUUCAGAGCGGCCUCUGUAGCUGCUGCGAUUCAACCUGCAAAUCCCGUUUCAAAAGAGGAGUGGAUUUGGAGUCCCAGGGCCUGAGUCACAAUUCUGUGUUGGGACCCCUCAUCAUAGUGGAUCAGUCUGACUCAAAAGCCCACAACAUACCAAUGGGGUCUGUCACGGCAGCUGACUCUCAGGAAAAGACCAGUCUAAGCUGAUGGGCGCAUUAAGGGAAUCCUGCACAGCAGAGGUGGCAGUAGCAGAUGGCAUCAGCGUCCCUACUUACAAGACUUCAGCUGUACAGGACCUGGACUUUAAGUGUUUGCAUAUUCAUUUGAAUGCAGUAGUAAUUGCCCAAAACAUCAUACAUCCAUCUUAAACAUUCUGAUGUACAAAUAAACCUGCUGUAAACUCC